GAUCCGUCAACCAAAUCCUGAAGAAGAUGACGAAGAAGAAAAAGAAGAAGCAGCUGUUUAUCCUCAGUCAGCACGGUUCAUAUUUACCUCAAUAGUCAGCACAAGAUUUACGUGGUUUUCAGCUUGAAAUGGCAAUGAGUCAGUUUCCCUUCUGCGUAAUAGCCUAGAAACGCUAAAGAUUCGGUGUUGCACGUCUGGACCAAAGGCUCCGGUUGUUUUCGUCGCUGUUCUGGUGCUUUACGGUGCAGAAGGAUAUGGUUUUCUCAUCGUCCCAGCAAGUGGUGGUCGCAUUUACGGCGGUGUUGUUUGCGUUUGUGGUGUUCCCUAGAAUGUUCGGCGUAGGAUCCGGAGCGAAGGAAACAAGAGGUUUUGAUGCACGCUACAACAGAAAAGCGGGUCCGGGACCAGGACCGGGUGCAGUGAGAGGGCAGCCGGUCAACAAGAACACUGCUGGCUCCAUGAGCAAAGCACAGACCCUGGAGAACAUGCAGCAGAUGAAGGUGAUGAUGGAGCAGGAGAUGAAGGGUGACAAAUACAAAACCAACAGCAACAAGGGCUACGUGUUCACGCUGAUGCCGCUCUACGCCAUCGGAGUCGGCCUCUUUGCAGCGUACAAAUUUCUGAAGAUCAAGUCUGCAGAUGACUCCCAAGCCCAAAAGAACAAGGAUGCCAAAGGUCCCAAGAAGUCGGAGGAGACAGAGAAUCAGCUUACAGAGCUGGAGCAGCGGCUAGCGCAAACAGAGAAGAUGCUCAACUCCAUUCUGACCCAACUGGACCCAUUGACAAGUUGUGUCAAGUCUGUGGCCCAGGAACAGAAGAACGAGAUCAUGUCCCAACUCCAGUCCAUCCGCCACCUGAUGAAGAAGAGAGGCAUGGACUGUCCAUCCCUUAACAUUGAAGAGCCGCAGUGCGAGAGGAACCUGGAUGACCUCAUCGAGUCUCUGGCAGCCCACGGCGACACCUCGCCAGAGGUGGUUGCUCCUGCGGAAGACGAUCAAAGUGGUGUGGUGAAAGAGGAGGAGCCAGUCCACCAGCAGCACCACCCUGAAUCCAAGGAUGAGCACUCAGUGACCGACGCUGAGGAGGAGGACAUGCCCUCCUUGGAGGAUUCUUGUGAGACAAACAUUGAGGACAUAGGCCUAGCCCAGAACAUUCCAGAAGAAAUGCCUACAACUGGGCUCAGACGACGCAACAGGCUGGAAUGAACAGAAAAAAGGGGGUUGUUUUAAACUGUACAUGAAUAAAGCCAUACAUGUAUUUUCUCAUUCUUAAUGGCACUACUGCAGUCUGUUCAGUAAUGCUCUUGCUUUUGGCUCGCAGUUGAAUAAUAAUUUGGUCCAAGGUUGUGUGUGAUGAAGGUGAUUAUUUUUCUUCUGUUCCAUCCCUUAAAGCAUAACAGAUCCCUGGCUAGGCCCAUGUGUAGGGUUAGGACUUACUCCUGACAAAUAAAAUCCCCAGAAGCCUAACUCCAUAUAACAUUUGACUUAGGUCUGGAGGUUUUCCUUGUCAGGCCCCAAGUAUGAGGCCUGAGUUUUCCAUCCUUGAACCAAACGUUAGUUAGUAUGUAAGGCACCUGUAAAUGUGUUUUCAUCACGUGACUGCUGCUUGGAAACCCUGUACAUUAUCAUUAUAUGCUGCCAUCUUUUAGAAGCGGUCAUUUCGGCCCUAACUAUCAAGACCUCAGUGUGUUAUGCAAUCUUGCAACUGCCAUCCGUAUGUCAUAGAAUAGUCAAAAUAAUAAAAAAUGUCAAACAUAGUUAACUAUAAAUAGCUACAUUUAGUUUUUCUACUACGUACUCGAGUCUACAAGUGCAAGCUUGUGACGUUUGGCUUGUAUGAUUUGCUUGUUUUCAGACAUCUUAUGCAUGUGUUUUUCUCUGCAACUGAUCUUGAAUGUCCUGGUGGAUAAAACUGCAUGAGUUCUCUUACUAGAGGGAGAUGCAGGACAAUCAUGAAUGUAUUGAUGACGUAGUCUAAAUCAUGCCUCUCCAACCCUGUUCCUGGAGAGCUACUGUCCAGUGGGUUUCUCUAUAACCCUGUUCCUGGAGUGCUACUGUCCAGUGGGUUUCUCUAUUACCCUGUUCCUGGAGAGCUACUGUCCAGUGGGUUUCUCUAUAACCCUGUUCCUGGAGAGCUACUGUCCAGUGGGUUUCUCUAUAACCCUGUUCCUGGAGAGUUACAGUCCAGUGGGUUUCUCUAUAACCCUGUUCCUGGAGAGCUACUGUCCACUGGGUUUCUCUAUAACCCUGUUCCUGGAGAGCUACUGUCCACUGGGAUUCUCUAUAAACCUGUUCCUGGAGAGCUACUGUCCAGUGGGUUUCUCUAUUACCCUGUUCCCCGAGAGCUACUGUCCAGUGGGUUUCUCUAUAACCCUGUUCCUGGAGAGCUACUGUCCACUGGGUUUCUCUAUAACCCUGUUCCUGGAGAGCUACUGUCCAGUGGGUUUCUCUAUAACCCUGUUCCUGGAGAGCUACUGUCCAGUGGGUUUCUCUAUAACCCUGUUCCUGGAGAGCUACUGUCCAGUGGGUUUCUCUAUAACCCUGUUCCUGGAGAGCUACUGUCCAGUGGGUUUCUCUAUAACCCUGUUCCUGGAGAAUUACAGUCCAGUGGGUUUCUCUCCAACCCUAAUCUAGCACACGUGUUCCUAAUAAUUAGCUGGUUGAUAAGGGGAAUCCAGUUAGUUAUAAGGGGUUUGUGGGAACCUACCGGAGGGUAGCUCUUCAGGAGCAGAGUUGGAGAGACCUGGUCUGAAUUAAUUUGUGUUAGUCUAGUUAUGUAGUUCAGAUUAAGCACGAUGUGUGUAUUUAGCCAACACAAACAUGCAUUCUGCUCUGUUUUAUAUUUGUUUCCUUUUUAAGUAUUUUAUGUGAUCUAUCGUUGACUGUAGUUAACACAGAAGUUAGCCUCUGGUUAGAACCAACCCAGUGAAACUACAGGAUAGAACAGAAAUCAAAUUAUCUCAUUGGUUUUGUCUUAAAUUGAACCCUACCUAUUCCCUAUAUAGUAGGCCUCUGGUCAAAAGUAGGGAAUAUGGUGACAUGAUCUGUGUAGUAAUACUGUACCAGCAAUCAAAUAAUCACGUUUGUGUAGAAAUGCUGUACCACAAGACUUUUCAAAACACUGACAAAUAUCUUGUCUUGUGAUAACUAUAGCUUUGGAGCAAAUGUUUAGCGAACACACAAUUCAUAUAUCUGGAAACUAUAGAAACACUGCGAUGUUUGUCUCCUGUUUGAGAGGUCAUUUGUUCGGCUAACUCUAUUUAUUUUGUGUAGCUGUGCUCUUGGGCAUAACUGAGGAAUGUUGAAAGAUGGGAGAAAAUGUUCCACUCCUUACUAGAAAAUAAAGGUGCUAUGUGGCAA